CGAACGCUGCUUUGGCACAAUGAAACGUACUUGUCCAAGGCCAUCAUCCAUCUUCCCAGGGAAACCGACUCGCAGCGUCAUCAUCGGCCUCCAUCAUCUCUUGGAUCGAACGUCCCCAACCAAACCAAACCAUAUGGUCGAGGGAAGAACAAAACGGGGAGCAGGCGUGAAUGCGAUGUAGACGAUGCCCAUCAUCAGAAACUGAUAUCUUGAUCCGGACCAUCGGCGAGAGUUCUCUAACUUCUAUCGCCGUUGGAGGAGAUCAGAGAGUCAAGGGACGAGGAGAAGAAGAUGCAGCGGCGGAGAUGGCCGGUUGACAAGGGCCACCACCACCACCAGAGGACGUGGCCGCCUGGUUCAGACGGCACGCAACGUCCUCGCCCCUUUGCCUCACUCCCCAUGUCCUCCCACGCUUCCAAGAGAGGUCUGACCGUCGCGAGGACGGGAAAGAAGAGGAGCUACUGGUUCGGUGACGAAAACGGUGGGAGACGGGAGCCUGCAGCCGAUUUCUCUUCGCUUCCGUUUGACGUCCUUCGUAAAAUCGCUGCUGCCUUCUCCGUGACUAACCUGUGGGCGGCGAGCGGCGUCUGUCGGGCUUGGAGGGAAGGGCUGCAGCCGCUCAGGGAGGCCGUGGUUCUUGUCCGGUGGGGCAAGAGAUUCAAGCAUGGCACUGGUGGCGUUCGCCGUAACGUCCCAAAGGCGCUUGAAACUUUCCUUAAGGCCGCUUCUAGAGGGUGCGCGGCCGCCAUGGUCGAUGCUGGCCUCAUAUACUGGGAGAUGGGGAAAAAAGACGAAGGAAUCGCUUUGUUUCGAGAGGCCGCUCUGUUGGGUGAUCCUGCUGGCCAGUGCAAUCUUGGGCUUUCUUGUCUGCAGGCUGAACCUCCCAAUCUUAAAGAAGCUGUAAAUUUGUUUUACGAAGCUGCUUCUAGGGGCAAUACCCGUGCACAGUACAGCCUUGCCCUGUGUCUGCAGCAAGGACGUGGUGUGGAACGUGAUCUACCUAAAGCGGCUCGAUGGUAUCUAAAAGCUGCAUUAGGCGGAAAUCCUCGUGCAAUGUACAAUGCUUCUUUGUGUUAUUCUUCCGGUGAAGGAAUGCCUCGUAGCUAUCAGCAGGCAAGAAUAUGGAUGAAACGUGCUGCAGAGUCUGGCCAUAGUAAAGCUCAGUUCGAGCAUGGCCUCAAUUUGUUUUCUGAAGGAAAAAAGCUAACCUCACUGCUUUACUUCGAGCUGGCCCUGAGAUCUGGUGAACAAAAUGCCGCUCCAAUAAAGGAGGCUCUUCUGCAGCAGCUACCUCCAGCAUCACGAGACGAGGCCAUGUCGUUGGCUGAUAAUUGGAAGCCUGUGCGGCAUCAUCAUUGAUACGAAAUUAGUUUGUUGUAUCUAGUAAACUAAUUAUCACUUUGUAUAGUUGUAGAAUAAUUUCUAGAGGUGAUGACUGUUCUUCACUUUUUGUAUUCUAAAAAAAGUUACCAGGGAACUGUGGCUGAUAAAAGAAGCGAGAAAAUUGACUUCCUUUUUGAAAAU